AUGACACGAUCCAACUUGAUUCGGGGCUUAAACAAAGGCCACCCCACAACACCCAUCCCAAAAGCCCAACGCCCAAGUCAACGCAAGGGCAUUCAAUCCACCAAGACCAAGUUUGUUCGGUCUGUCAUCCGAGAGGUUGCUGGAUUCUCGGCGUAUGAACGGCGAGUUAUGGAGUUGUUGAGGAACUCGAAGGACAAGAAAGCCAGAAAACUGACAAAGAAGCGGCUCGGCACGCUCCUCAGGUCAAAACGCAAGUUGGAAGAGUUGUCGAAUAUCAUCCAGGAGAGCAGAAGAGCAGCUCACUAA